CCUCGCGAGAAUCGAAAUUGUUUAGAUGUUGCUAGGAUGUCUGGAUGAAAACUGCCUAAGUUUAUAACAGUUACAGGUGGCAAAAUAGAUAAAUAUACCGGUGUAUUUUGUGUGUGAAGCAACAUUCCAUGAUGGCGAGUUACAUGAGAGAUAUUGAGCGAUUGUCAAAAGAUGGAAGUUUACCUCCACUUAGAUCAAGUACAAGUUUAACUCAAGCGGAAUCUCGAAGAGUAAAUUUCGAGGAUGACUAUUAUCGCUCACCGAGACCCAUAUCGCCAAGGGCGCGUUCCCCAACUGGGGGCUAUAUGGGCCGGGAGAGCCCCUUGUUUCAGCCUAGACCACCCUCCCCUGGCAGAAGGUCGCUUCAAGAUAUACAAGAUCAGGUGAAACAUUUGAAAGAUGAACUUCAAAGAAAAGAUUCCCUCAUCCAACAACUUGUCAGCACUGAAUCAGUUACCAAAGUACAAAGCCGUAGCACAGUGGAUUCCAUAAGGUUGGAGACACUCAACAGCCUUGGUGAUCGCCAACAUCUGGACGCCUGUCGUAGUGAGCUGGCUGCGUUACAAGUCAGAUCAGAGAAACAGCAGAACAAGAUUCGCGAACUGGAAAAUGAGCUUGAAAUUCGCGAUGUUAAAAUUCGCGAGCUUCAAAUGCAAAUGGAGACUGGUCGUGACAACGAGUGUCGUCUGCAGUCUUUGGUCGAGUCACUGAGGUCACAGGUCAGCGACUUGGAAGGUCGGGCAGGCGCGUUUGAGUCUGUGGCGGGAAGGAGUGAAAUCACAGUUGCUGCUCUGCAGAAAGAGAACAAGGCAGCGCAAGAACGCAUCGUUGACCUGGAAACAAGACAGAGAAAGCAGUUAGAAGAGAGAGAGGAAGCGCAGGCUCGUGUGGAGAUCCUCGACCACAGAAUGAGGGACUACUUCUCUCAGUUUGCCAGCGUUCUACGCGUGGAAACCUCAGGGAAAAAUGCGUCUGCAGAGGAAAUCGCAAGAAAGUUGCAAGAAAUCAUCGAUGAGAAUUCUUGCCUUAAGGGUAAAAUCCUCACAUUGAAUGAAACUCUAAACAGUACGCAAUUGGAAUCAAAAGCCAGUCGAGAGACAAUCAUGCGACUGGUUUCAGAAAUGGGCCGUGAACAGCAGAACCAGUCACGUUUUGAGAAUGAACGGGCUUCCAUGAAAUCGAGAAGCAGGGAGCCAUUCUCAUAUUAUGACGAGCAGCCAUUGCGUUCAUCAAUGAAGCGUAGCCUUACCCCAACCCGGCACGGAGACCAUAGUGUCUCACCACCUCGUUACCAUGACUAUGACCUGUCACGAGAGCUGGACAAGGAACGAGGGGCUAAAGUAGGCCUUGAACGGGAAAUUACCAUUUUACGAGAGCGACUGGAUGCUUCCCAGCGCACGAUUGAUGCUCAGCGCAAUGAGAUUGACCUGCGAGACUCACGUCUCAAGUCCCUGGACCAUGACUUGCGCUCAAACAAGCACCACCAGCUCAAUGCAAGCACCCAGCUGACUCUGUUCCGUGAGCACAUUGCCAAGCUUCUGGGUGAUGUGGAUGCAAGAGAUGAGGAGGCACUUACACGCAGAGUGGAAACACUAGCACUCUACAGCAGGGACUACAGAUUUAAAAUUGAGGCUCUGGAGAAGCGUAUCAAGGAGCUGACCGAUCAGCUGGAGUCCCAGUAUGAGCUGCACAAGGCAGCCGCAUCCAGGGCACGAAAGGCCGAGGUCGAGGCAGCAGACAUGCAUCAGCGACUCAAGAAUGUCGAGAGUGACCUAGUGGCCGGCGAUGUGAUGAGAGACGGAUUCAGAACAGACAAGGAACGGUAUAUGCGCUGCCUGCAGUUGUUGGGAGAGGCGAUGAAGAUGGACCGUAUUUCCCUCGACCUGGGAAUGGACAUGACCUGCGACGCACUCAUAGCGCGGGCUGAGCAGCUGGUAAAACUGGAGAAAGACGCACUGGCUGACCGCAGCACGCACAUCUAUAACCUCCAACGCAAGGUGAAGUCGUGCAAGGAACAGCUCGAGAGCAAAGACCUCCACAUUGACCUUCUUAGGAAGAAAAUCACAGCCUUGGAGGAGAAACUUCUCGGGAAGUCAACGAUUGAGCGUGAGCGGGAUUCUGAGUCCUUGAGGGUUCGUAAGGCGGAAAAGAUGGCGGAGAAAUACAAGAUACAAGUGCAGGACGCAAGGCAGGAAGUGACGAACUUGAAGGCUCAAUUGUUGGGAUCUAGUGAACUCAAGGUAAGAACGUUGGAACAACGCAAGGAGUUGGAGGAACUCGCAAAAACUGUUGACGAGUUAGAAAAACUGCGACGCAAACAGGCCAGCAAAAUCCGAGAGCUGAAAUCAGAGAUAGACACGUCAAACCAGGCUUCUCAGGAGAAACGUGUAGUUGCUGACAACGCUGUCCAGGCUCUCACCAGUGAACUGCGCACAACUAAGACCGCUCUGUCCACCAUCCAGAGCAGAGAGAAACAGUUGCUAGAUUUCCGCAGCGUGGUGUCUCGCAUGCUAGGUCUGGACAUCAACACACUGGCUAUCCCUGACUAUGAGAUCAUAAGUCAGCUGGAGAAGCUGAUCCAGGCCCACCACAGCCACACGUUCACCACUCUGAGUCUUGAGGAAGCCUUGGCCGACAUGGAAGAUGGGUUCUUUAGUGGAUACAGUGAUUAUAAGAACACUGUCGGAGCGUCUGAGUCCAUGAAUAUUCGCAAAUCCCGCGAAAGGGUGAAGAGAAAAGCUCUCAAGAAUAGAGCCCGGUCUCUAUCACCUCAAAGAAGAAUUGACCCAAAAGUUUAUUGAGACCUAAGAUAAUUAUUUAAUUUUAUUUUUAUUGCUGGUAAUCAGGCAGGGGUGUGGAAUAGAGUGUCAUUUUCCCUUUUACUUUCAUGCGGGAUGGGAUGUAUACAUUUAAAUGUCAAAACUGCAUGAUGUAGAAAAAUGGUUAUGUAACAAAACAAAAGUUAAUUUCUUUUUAAGAAAGGCUGGUUCAAAAAGGGUUUGAUAAGUAAGUUUCCUUUUUGUAAUGUUUUUCCAUUAUUAUCAAACAGGUUUCGGAAAACUGAGUUUUGUAUGGGGACUAGAUUUUACAGUUUUGAUGGCAAUUAGAGAAUAAUUAUGUUUCCACACACCUGUGUUAAGUGUACUAAUAUAUUUUUAGAAAUAACAUUUAGAUCCUCUAAAUUGUAGAUAACUUUCAUUCCCAAACUUGGCAGUUUCUUCUGUGUAUGUAGAGUAAAUAAAUUAGACUGGAGUAGAAAACCAGAAGAUGGCAUUUUGAUGUGUGUCUGUCUGUGAAGUGAUGGACAGAGAAGCUGGAAAAGAGAUCUGCAAACUUGGAUCUGAUCUGGGACUAUGUAAACACAUUAUGCUGAAUCAAGUGCUUGUGCACUUCACAAUAGGGUGAAAUUAAGACAAAUAUAUGUGAUUCAGAUUAGACGUGUAAUGAUUUGUUCAAAGGAAGGGUAAAAGUCAAGAAUAUACGUCAGCUGAGUUUUUUAUACUUUCAACCAAAUUGAAAUUAUUUAAUGGCCUUCAGACUGGUUUUUACCUGUUAUUUUCCCUGUCAAUGCUCUAAGUGCCAAAGUAUCCAUUUGCAUGAAUAUUUCUUGCAUUCAUGGCCUUUUCAUUUCAUAAUUAUUAAUUAUCUCCUUUCAUAAAUAUUUUAGCUGAAGCCCCAAGAUAAAGUGUUGAUUUGAAAAGAUUCAGCUGGUUUUAAAGAGAAAGUUUACUUCUUUCAGUUUACUGUAUUAAGGUAGUUUAAAUAUUGACAUUUUGAGAUUCCUGUAUUUUUGAAGCAACUUUUCAUAGUUUUUACAUGUGUUUUCUAACAAACAUUAUGGAAUAAAUGGCGUGAUUUUUUUCUUUAUAUACCAUGUAAACGUACUUUUUAAUUUAAUUUAUGAAAAAUAUUGCAGCUCAAGAUUGUUACGCAUUUAUAUGUACAGUUUAGUUUAAGAUCAAAAGGUGCAUUUUUUGUACUCAUCAUUUUUACCUCAUUUGUGAAUAAAACAAAAAUCAUGUACACAACUUGUGUAAAGCUCUCUUCCAAGAAACCAGCAUUCUUGCUCUGAUACAUUGCCUUUGUAAUAUCAAACCUGUAUGUGCUCAAAAGUCUGUUUGUUACAAUUCAAUUAUGUAACGUAAGCGACAAACAAAGUUGAAUCAACAUAUUUUUGCACACAUUGGAGAUCUGUUUAAUUUUUUUUUCAUAUUUCCAUAUGUUGGAAUAACUAUUGUGUAUAUAUGGUUAUUAUUACUUACUUAAGUGUUAAUAAAAAUUGAGGAGAGUAUUGUUGUAUUUCAUAUUUGUAUACAUAGACACUGUCAUGACCCUGGUAUUUAUUCAUAUAAUUGCUUUUAUGAAUGAAAUUUUACCAGGUAGGUCAGAGGACAUGGCAUUGGCAUAUUUUAUCUCUUUGAUGUUGAAAGAUGCUUUAGAAUAAAGAAUUGUGGAGUUUUGUUUUGAAAUGGUUUAAAGUAGAAGAGUAGGUUUAGAUUCUCCUCUUUCUAUUCCCCAUUAUGAUUUAUGUAUAUUUUGUAUAAUGUUUUCCAUAUUAUGUACAUUAUUUUACAUAUUUAUUGUUUUAUGCUAAUUCAAGAAAUUUUAUCAGCCUUAACGUGUUAUUUUAUUUUCAUCUAGGUCAUAUUGUAAUAUAGAGUUGUAAUGUAGCAGCAAAUUGUUCGGCAAAUAUAUUAUUUGGUAAAAAUACAACAAAUAAAUGUUUGUGAAAUACAUUCUAAAAUGUGUAAAUGGAUAAGUUUGUAAAACGUACUUCAUUUGUUUAUUGGCAUUCAAUUCAAUAAUGACAACCAGUAAUAUUAUUUAAAAGGGUUGGAAUUAUUUACCAUGUAGUUAUGUUCACAUCUUUAUAUACUAUUGAUUUGCAAUAGUUUUCGUUUGUCAUUUGUCUGUGAUAACCUUCCUUUUAAUUAAAUUUACUGCCAGGAGAAA